CCGCAUAAUUUUAUUUCUCAAAGAGUUAAUACAGGCGGGCGCGAGCACACACAUUCCCUUAUCUGGAGUCUGGACCAUUCACCCCUCUCUCUCGCUCUCUAUUACAUACACCUAGAGUGAGUGAUGGGUGAGAAUGAGGUCCACAUUUCAGACCAGACUUCGACAAGGAUAUUAAUGCAACAAGGGCACAGAGAAUUGAAUGCCAUCCAUCAUUCUUACAUCAUUUUUCUCCUUCCUAAUUUUCUAUUGAAUUACUCUCAUACUUUCCUUUGCAAAGUUUAUUAUUAAGACUACUGCUACAUUUUCUUUUGAAGAGAGAGAGAGAGAGAGAAUGGCAGUGCAAGUACGUCUCGUUUUCUGCUGCUUCAUUCUCUCUUCAAUUCCCAGCAUUUUUGCAGUACCAAAAGAUCAAGAGAUGGACCGGAUUUCGAAGCUGCCGGGGCAGCCUCCGGUGGGCUUCUCUCAGUUUUCCGGCUACGUCGCUGUGAAUGAUGAAGAUGGCCGUGCCCUCUUUUAUUGGUUGACUGAGGCCACAAGUAAUGCCCACACAAAACCUCUUGUUCUCUGGCUCAAUGGAGGACCCGGAUGUUCAUCGGUGGCGUAUGGAGCGUCGGAAGAGAUAGGCCCAUUUCGGAUUAACAAAGAUGCCUCAUCUCUCUAUCUCAAUAAAUACUCAUGGAAUAGAGUGGCAAAUAUUCUUUUUCUUGAAUCACCGGCUGGCGUCGGGUUCUCUUAUACGAAUACAAGCUCUAAUCUCAAAGAUUCUGGAGACAAAAGGACAGCUCAGGAUGCUCUCACCUUCCUCGUAAGAUGGAUGUCCAGAUUUCCGCAAUACAAAUAUAGAGACUUCUACAUGUCGGGAGAGAGUUAUGCAGGGCAUUAUAUUCCCCAAUUAGCACAGAAAAUAUAUGAUUACAACAAGAACUCUUCCCAUCCAUUCAUCAAUCUGAAAGGAUUCAUCGUAGGAAAUGCCGCCACAGACCACUACUACGAUGGCAUCGGAACCGUGACAUACUGGUGGAGCCACUCUAUCAUAUCAGAUAAAACAUACAAAUCCAUUCUGAAGAACUGCAAUUUCAAAUCAGACGAAUACUCAGAGAAAUGCGAUGAUGCUCUGAGUUAUGCCCUGGACUAUGAAUUUGGCAACAUCGAUCACUACAGCAUUUACACGCCGUCAUGCACUGCAUCAACUGGCAAACCAGUGCUUUCUCCGACGCUUAAGAAUACCCUCAUACGCUCCGGAUUUUAUGGAUACGACCCCUGCACUGAGAACUAUGCCGAGAAGUACUAUAACAGGCCGGACGUGCAGAAGGCCAUGCAUGCAAAUUCUACCGGGAUUCCAUAUAAAUGGACGGCUUGCAGUGAUGUACUGGGAAGGAACUGGAAGGACUCGCAGGCUUCUAUGCUGCCUACCUACAAGAAGCUGAUUGCUGCUGGACUGAGAAUAUGGGUGUUCAGCGGGGACACAGACUCGGUUGUGCCAGUUACUGCAACCAGGCUAUCCUUAAACCAUCUGAACCUCAAGAUCAAAGUUCCAUGGUAUCCAUGGUACUCCGGGGCCGGCCAGGUUGGGGGAUGGACAGAGGUGUAUGAUGGAUUGACAUUCGCCACAGUUAGAGGAGCUGGGCAUGAGGUUCCUUUGAUUCAGCCAAGGAGAGGUUUCAUCCUUUUCAGGACAUUCUUGUCUGGAAAUGACUUGCCUAAAUCAUGAACAACUUGUGUCACAAAAAUACAAAGUAGUAAGCGUGAAUUGAAGUUGAAUUGGUUGUGGUUUCCGUAAGAAGGAAAUAUAGUAGUGAGAGGCAGUGAUUAUUAGAAUAGCAUGAUUUUAUUCCAAUUGAACUGAAUUAAAUCAAGCUAAGGAAUUGUGUCAAACUGAAUUAUGCACUUUGCUACAUUUAAUUAUGUGGGUGGAUCGCAGUUGGCCCCUAAAUUAACCCUA